CAUUUUCAAAAAUAGUAUUUACUACAGUUAAAUAUUAUGACAAGUGUUAUCCCUGCAAGAAAUACAGAAGGGAUGUACAGUUUUGCUAGUCAGCCUAAGGUGGUUUCAAGGAAGAGAAUUUAUAGAGAUAAUAUAGAAGAUACAAACUAUAACUAUGGAAAUAUUAUGUACGAUAGGAGAGUAAUAAGAGGAAACACAUACGCUCUGCAUGUAUUGCCUGCACACGCUCAGCCUGACCCCAUUAAAAUCCAGAAGCAAAUCGAAAAGAAACGUGAUGCAGUCGCUCGCCGUCGUAUGCGUGACGAGCUCAGGCCGAAAUCCCCAAUACCUUUAGAUGGUAGACUUCAUCAACCAGUUCAAACAGAACUUUACUUGGAGGCUCUCACCGAGCAUAUUAUCGAAGCUGAUGAACAAUGUCAAACGGACGAUUUUCUUGACAGACCACCUACUCCACUUUAUGUACCGGCCAAAGUUGGUGUCGAUGUCAUGACUCAAAUAUAUGAAGGAGAUCUUUUUGACUUCGAUUUAGAAGUUACACCAAUAUUAGAAGUUUUAAUUGGUAAAACAAUUGAACAAGCUUUACUUGAAAUUAUGGAAGAAGAAGAAUUAGCUAGUAUACGUGCUCAACAAAAUGCUUUUGAAGAAAUACGUCAAGCUGAUCUUUUAGAAGUGGCUAGACUUUCCGAAAGUAAAAGACUUACAGAAGAAGAGAAAGAACGACGUAAAGCUCAAGUGCAGGCUGUAGUUGAACAAGAAAAAGAAUUAGCCACAAAAGUUACUGCACAAGCAUUUGCUAAAGCAUAUUUAGCUGAUUUACAAACGCAUACAUUUAAUAAUUUAGCUGAAGCAGGUUACUUUUAUGAUCCAGUUGAACGAGAUGUGGAAGAAGGAUUUUUGCCUUGGAUUAUGGAAGAAAUUGAUGAAGAACUUGCAUUAUUGAAUGAUGCCUCGUUAUUAUUAGAUGGAAUGAUUAGAGAAGUGGUUCAAGAAAGACAUCAUGAAUAUCGGCAGUUAGAAUUAAUGGCAGCUGAAAUGGCAUUGAUGCAAGAAGCAGGUGCUGCUUUAACAGAUAAAUCAGACCAAUUAGAACCAGGUAGUGACGAUCAAAAGACUGAAAAUAUCAACGAAUCUCCAUUGGAUAAAGAACUAGAAGAUGGCGAAGAUGAACAAACUGAAAGGGGUGACCGUGAUGACGAAAGUAAAAUAAAACCUGAAGGAGAGGAAGAUGACGAAGAAGGACAAACUGGAAAGGAUAACCCUGAUGAUGAAGGUCCAGCUAAACCGGGAGGAGAGGAAGACGAAUCAAACAGUGAGAUGAAGGAUCCGAUUGGUGAUGAGACAGAGGAAGAAUAAUUUUUUAUGUUAAUAGUUAAUAAUCAGAAAUGAUAUUGGAUUACAUGGAACACUUUUGAAAUCUAUGAAAUAUGACUACUUUUUUUUUUAUCCUACAAAAAUUUUAUGUACAAGAGUAUGAAAUAAUUUGACUGUUGAAUGAAAUAC